AUGCGUUGUGCUGCACCGCGUCUUGAUUCAAGUAGAGCCAUGUCGCUGUCGAAAGCCCUUGCCGUCAUCUUUGCGGCCACCGCUGCGGCGGCGGACAUGGCCUGCCCCGGGCCGGCGCCCAACUCCAGCCCGCGCACGGCCAACGGCGUCUCGUGGAAGGUUCUCACCAACCAGAUCAGCCAGCCCCGGCAGCUUGUGCAAGACACCCUGGGCAACAUCCUCAUGGCCGAGGGCAAGGGGCUUCGGCGCCUCGAGCUUGACCGCGCAGAGGGCAUGGAUCUCUGCGUCAAGAGCAGCACCCAGUUUGUAGUCGAUGAGACGUUGAACCACGGCAUCGCCCUCACAGCCGACGGCAAGACCCUCUUUGCGUCGUCGUCCACAGACGUCUACGCUUACACGUACGACGCCGCCACGGGCGUGGCCGGGCCGGCGCGCAACGUCAUCACGGGCAUGAACCAGACGGGCCACGUCACGCGCACGCUGUACAUUCCGCCCGAGAACCCGGACCUGCUGCUCGUCACGCGCGGCUCCAACGACAACGUGGACCCCGGCACCGCGGACAUUGGAUCCGGCCGCAGCCAGCUGCGCGUGUUCCACGUCGCGGACCUCGUCAACGGCAAGCACGCCGUGGACUACACGGAAGGCGACGUGAUGGGCUGGGGCCUGCGCAACAGCGUGGGCAUGGGUCAGGACCCUACCACGGGAAACAUUUGGUCGGUGGAAAACUCCCUGGACGACAUGAAGCGUCUCGGCGACGACAUCCACAACAGCAACCCCGGCGAGGAGAUGAACUUUCACGGACGCCCCAACGACACGGCCGGCUACCACUACGGCCGCAACUUUGGCUACCCGGGCUGCCUGUCCAUGUUUGACACGGCGAGCGUCAAGGACUACGCCGGCGGCACGCGCGAGCCGACCGUCGGCGCGCAGUUCAUGGGCGACCACCAGCCGCAGUACUCGGACCUGUGGUGCCGGCGGCACGCGACGCCGCCGCGCAUCACGUUUGGCUCGCACCUGGCGCCGCUGGACGUCAAGUUUCUGCACGACGGCAGCGCGGCGCUGAUUGCGUUCCACGGAAGCUGGAACCGCCAGCCGCCCAACGGCUACCGCCUCAGCCGCGUCUCGUUUGCCAACGGCAACCCCGUCAAGCGCUCGCACGAGGGCGACGCCGAGGAGAUGCUCAUGUGGAACUCGGACAACUCCGACUGCGAGAAGCACUGCUUCCGCCCGGCGGGCCUGCUGCUCGACAGGCAGGGCCGGCUGUUUAUGACGAGCGACGCCACGGGCGAGCUGUUCCUCGUGAUGGGCGCGCAGAACAAGGGCGUCAAGGCGAAUCCGUAA